UGGAGAUUCCUAAGUCUACAAAACAAUUACCAAAACAUACGCCUUUAACACGUACAAGUAAUAUGAACUACCAAGGGUUAGUUUGAUUUGACUAGGGGUAAUCGAGUUACCAUUCCGGAUUACCCUCUGCAUGGACCCAACUGACAUGAAGUUUUUCAUCGCCCUCUGCGCCCUGGUGGCGGCUGUGGCUGCCUUUGACCUGGAGCCCCUGAGUGACGUCCAGAUCUUCUACAUCAACAACCUGGCCAACACCACCUGGAAGGCCGGACGUAACUUCCACCCCAAGGAGAUCAACCGUGUGCGUGGCAUGCUGGGAGUCAACAUGAAGGAGAACAGUGCCUACAACAG